GCCCCGGUCUAGGCGUAGGCGGAAGUGAAGCCGCCCGGAGCCGUCCGUGUCCCAGGAGCGCUUCAGCCCAGUCGCGCCUCGGCCCAUGGCCGCCUACCCGUACCGCCCGGGCCCCGGGGCUGGCCCUUCCGCGGGCGCCGCGCUGCCGGACCAGAGCUUCCUGUGGAACGUCUUCCAGAGGGUUGACAAAGACAGGAGCGGUGUGAUAUCGGACAACGAGCUCCAACAAGCGCUAUCCAAUGGCACCUGGACUCCGUUUAAUCCAGUGACUGUCCGGUCAAUCAUAUCCAUGUUUGACAGAGAGAACAAGGCCGGCGUGAACUUCAGCGAGUUCACCGGCGUCUGGAAGUACAUCACGGACUGGCAGAACGUCUUCCGCACCUACGACAGGGACAACUCGGGCAUGAUCGACAAGAACGAGCUCAAGCAAGCCCUCUCAGGUUUUGGGUACCGGCUCUCUGACCAGUUUCACGACACCCUCAUUCGGAAGUUCGACAGACAAGGACGGGGGCAGAUCGCCUUUGACGACUUCAUCCAGGGCUGCAUCGUCUUGCAGAGGUUGACAGAUAUAUUCAGACGCUAUGACACGGACCAGGACGGCUGGAUUCAGGUGUCGUAUGAGCAGUAUCUUUCCAUGGUCUUCAGCAUCGUAUGACACUCGUCUCCUGCGGAUACUGACGGGACUUACGGAAGAAAAGACUGAAAAUGCCAAAUCUCUUACCUGUAAUGAAAUGGUACACAGAUGAGUUAGAUACUGUUCCUCCUUUAAAUUUUGUAUGAUUACCAUUUGGGGACCCAACUGUACAUAUGUGGAUAAGCUGGUUAAUGUUUUGCAAUUGUAACAGUAGUUAUAUCGUUACUUAGAUACAUACAUUUGAUUUGAGGCUGUUUAAUUGUGCCAUGAGGUACGAUACAAUGAUGUUACAGGUACUCAGCUUGCAAAAAACUCAUCAUGUGCUUUUCUAGAUAGCUCCAGUUCUAGAGUGGAAAUACUUUAUUAGCCAAUAGGAAUUUUAAAUCAUACGGAACUUGCACAGAAGGCUGCUCACGUGCCUUACUUUUUAAAGGGGUUUAUUGUAUUCAUUUGAAUGUGCAGCAUGAGCAAUAAAGCACAUGUGCCCUUGUC